UUGCUUUUUCACCACAAACCGGUGCUGCCGGUUGCCAUAUUUUCACGAUUUCCUGAAGACAGGAAAGAACGCGUGGAUUUUAAUUAUUGUGUAAUAAUAAAUUACUUUGGAAACAUUUAUUGAAUAAUCAUUCAAUAUGAGUAAGUUUUUUACUACCGGGACGGAUUCCGAAUCCGAUAGCUCAUCCGAAGAGGAGCAGGUUCAACGCGCACCAGCGACUGCUUUUACUUUUAGUGAUGAAGAAGAAGAAACAAAACGUGUGGUACGGUCAACGAAAGAAAAACGAUAUGAGGAGCUUACUAAUCUUAUUAAGCUCAUUCGAAAUUAUAAAAAAAUCAAAGACAUGAGUAGCAUGCUUUCAACUUUUGAAGACCUUAAAAAAGCUUAUGAGAAAGCUCAAACAGUUGUUAUGAAAGAAGAAGGUGGUCAAACACCACGUUUUUACUUAAGAUGUUUAGUAGAAAUGGAAGACUUCAUUAAUGAAGUAUGGGAAGAUCGUGAGAGCAGAAAAAAUAUGUCAAAGAAUAAUUCAAAAUCUCUAACAUCUUUACGUCAAAAACUCCGUAAAUAUAAUAAAGACUUUGAGGAAGAAAUAGUGAAGUUCAGAGAAAAUCCAGAUCAAGAUGAUGACGAAGAAGAAGAAAAACAAGAGGAAGAAGAGGAAUCUGAAGAUGAUGAAGACCGCGUAAGCUCGUUUAAAAAGUCUGGAUCCGAAGUUAGUGUAGCUGAUGCUUCUAAGUUCAAAAAAACACCAACAACAGGAGAUGAUCAAAGCGAGAGUGAUUCUGAUUGGGGUAGUGACUCGGAAAGUGAAAGUGAAAGCAGUGAAGAUGAGGGUCAGUAUCAAAAUAUCCGAGAACGUUUCAUCAAAAAAGCCACCGAUAAAGAUGAAGAAGAGGAAAAAGCAAAGAAAAAAGAACAACGUAAAGAAAGGAAAGAUAAAGAACGUAAGAAAAAGCGUGAUGAAGAUGAUGGUGAAGGCGAAUGGGAAACUGUUAAGGGAGGAGUUGUUGUUCCUUCCGAGAAACCAAAAAUGUUUGCUAAAGAUGCUGAUAUUACUGUUCCAGCAGUAUUAAAAAAAUUGUCGGAAGUAAUAGCAGCUCGUGGAAAAAAACGUACAGAUAGACGAGAACAAAUUGAACUUUUACAUGAAUUACGAUCUAUUGCUGAAGUUCAUAAUCUUGGACCUGCUGUAGUUGUUAAAAUUAUUUUCUCCAUUGUAUCAUCUAUUUUUGAUUACAACCCUAAAGUAUCUGAUGCAAUGAAGCCGGAAUAUUGGUCCAAAUUACUUGAUCGCAUAACAGAAAUGCUUGAGAUGCUUCUUGCGAACCCAGACAUGCAAAUUGCCGAACACAUUAGUGAAGAUGCCGAAGAAUUUGAAAAUCCUCCAUUUAAAGUUCAUGGAUGUGUUCUUACACUUGUUGAGCGUUUAGAUGAAGAAUUUACUAAACUUUUGAAAGAGUGUGAUCCUCACAGUAAUGAAUAUGUUGAAAGAUUAAAAGAUGAAAAACAAGUUGCAAAUAUUAUUGACAAAGUUCAAGCCUAUUUAGAACGUCAUGGAGGUGUUUCUGAACUAUGCCGUGUUUAUCUACGUAAGAUUGAACAUCUUUAUUACAAAUUUGAUCCAAAUGUUCUCAAACAAAAAGACGGCGAAGUUCCUGCUGAUGUAGUAACAUCUGUUCAAGUAAUGGAAAAACUUUGUAAAUAUGUUUACGCUAAUGAUGGAACUGAUCGUUUGCGUACUCGAGCUAUUCUUUCGCACAUUUAUCAUCAUGCUCUUCAUGAUAACUGGUUCCAAGCACGUGAUUUGAUGUUAAUGUCUCAUCUCCAAGAAACAAUUCAACAUUCUGAUCCAGCUACCCAGAUCCUUUACAAUCGCACAAUUGCUCAUCUAGGUUUAUGUGCAUUCAGACAUGCUAACAUUAAAGAUGCUCAUAAUUGUCUUGUUGAUUUAAUGAUGACUGGAAAAGUUAAAGAACUUUUAGCACAAGGACUUUUACCACAGAGACAACACGAGCGUAGCAAAGAACAAGAAAAGGUUGAAAAGCAAAGACAAAUGCCAUUCCAUAUGCACAUCAAUUUAGAGCUGCUCGAAUGUGUUUACUUGGUCUCUGCUAUGUUGAUUGAAAUACCUUAUAUGGCAGCACAUGAAUUUGAUGCAAGACGAAGAAUGAUUUCCAAAACUUUCUACCAACAAUUGCGAUCUAGUGAGAGACAAUCUCUUGUUGGUCCACCAGAGUCCAUGAGAGAACAUGUUGUAGCUGCUGCUAAAGCAAUGCGUAAUGGAAACUGGUCAGCUUGCAAUAACUUUAUUAUUAAUGAAAAGAUGAAUGCCAAGGUUUGGGAUCUCUUUUAUCAGGCUGACAAAGUUCGUGCUAUGCUAACCAGAUUAAUUAAAGAAGAAUCACUGAGAACUUAUUUGUUUACUUAUUCUCAUGUUUAUGAUUCAAUUUCUAUGCCAACGCUGGCUGAUAUGUUCCAAUUGAAACGAGCUGUCGUACAUUCCAUCAUCAGUAAAAUGAUUAUCAAUGAAGAAUUGAUGGCAUCACUGGAUGAUCCAUCUGAGACAGUCGUAAUGCAUCGCAGUGAACCAAGUCGUCUUCAAUCAUUGGCAUUACAACUUACCGACAAAGUUAAUAACUUUGUAGACUCUAAUGAGAGAAUUUUCGAAAUGAAGCAAGGCUUUUCGAGAGGAGGAAACCAAGGUAACUUCCGGGAUCGACAAAAUUACAACCGCCAGGGUGCAGAUUGGGGUCGAUCCAGGAGAGAGCGUGAUCGUAAUCGGGAAGAAACUCGUAAUUAUUAAAUUGCCAAACGCUAAGUAGAUAUUUACUUGCGUGUGAAGUUAAUCCUGUAUAAUUUUACACUCUGGUAAAUAAAUUACUUGGUUAUAAAAAAGUAAUUUUCAAUUCUAAAAUAUAUUAUGUUAAUAAUAAAUAAAAAAUAUCAUGAUCAUGAAGUAA